AUGGCAACUACAUUUGGUGUAACUUCAGCAACAAGACCAACUCUAUUUGGUACAACGCCAGGCACGACAACGACUACAGCAGCGGCAACUCCAUUUACAUUCGGCACACCGGCUACUACAACAGCAGCAACGACGACACCGUUUACUUUCGGUACACCAGCAACAACAACAGCUACUCCUGCACCGUUCAGUUUUGCAACACCUGCCGCUACUACUUCAGCAUCUGUAUUUGGAUUUGGUACACAAACGACAACCACCACAACACCAAAACCAGCUUUUCCUGGCUUUGGUACAACGACAAGUACUCCAGCUCCGUCGUUCACAUUCGGUGCUCCAACUGCGACCACUUCAGCACCUUCAUUUGGAUUUGGUGCACCAGCAGCUACAACGACAACAUCAGCUCCCUUUGGUUCAUUUGGAUUUGGAGCACCAACUGCUGCAGCAGCAACAGCAACAGCUCCAACAUUUUCAAUCGGAGGAGGUUUAACACAACCAUUUGGUGCUGCUACAACAACAAGUAAUCAACCAGCCAUCGGUGUUCCCAGUGUAGUUCGUCCCGAAGAAAAAUUAAUCACAUCGUUGACAUCACCACGUUUAUUUAAUGAUGAACGAGAUGAAAUUCUCCUCAAAUGGAAUAUCCUCCAAGUAUUCUAUGGCACUGGGAAAACAUUCUGUCAUCAAGGUACUUACGAUGUUGAUGCAAAUUUACCUUAUCACAUAUUCAAGACAUACUCUUAUAGUGUUCGUCCAAGAACACGUGAUGAAGAUGGUCUUGUUGCUUUAAUUAUCAAUCAGAAAUUAGCUGAUGUUGUCAGUAAUAAAGAUAAAUGCAUUGAAUCACUUCAUCGACUUUGUUUUCAUAAUAAUCCAAAUUGCGUCAUCGAACUCGAAGGAAUUUCACCAUUAGCCGAUGAUCGUACUCAAAUGUUAAUUGUUGUCAAUGAAAAACAACCUGGCACGUUAGUUGUAAAAAAACAUAAAGCAUCAGACAUUGUCAAUUAUCUUCAACCACCGGCGCCUGCAACGACAACUCUUGGACAACCGGUAAAUCCAAAUAAAGCACAUUUAGACUCAAUAGGAAUAGUGCAAGUUUUCGCACGAACUGAUUUAAAUGAUCAAGAUUAUAAACAAUACCUCGAAACCACGCCCCCAGGUAUGACGGCAUUCGUUUGGGAACAGGCUAAAAAAGAAAAUCCUAAACCACAAUUACUCCUUCCCGUACCUCUUGUUGGUGUUAAAGCUUUACGUGAUCGUAUGAAAUCUCAAUUUAUUGAACAUGAAGAUCAAAAACAACAACUGGAGAACAUUCGUCAACAAUUGCGUAGUGUCAAAGACCAAUGUGAAGCAUUCCGUUUAACGAUGAAACGUUAUCAAACGAAUCUUCUUGAAUAUUCACAUCGAAUUCUCAAAGCAACAAUCCAAUUCGAAUGUCGUCGUCGUCAACAUGAACCCAAAUUAACUUCAACAGAAAUUCAAAUUUGGACAAAUCUUCAUUCGUUACAGAGUCUUUCCCAAUUACCAUUAGACAUCCCUCCAAUUCAAUGGUCAUCAAUUCUUCAUUCGAAUGAAACAUUACGUUUUGAUAAAGACAAAAUCGAACAAAUCAAGGAUAUUUUACAAGAAAUUCAUCGUGGAAUUAAGAACGUCGUGGAAUUAGUGCAAAAUGACCGAACAACGUUAGGAAAAGUUGACGAGAAAAUUUUACAAAGAAAAUAA